AUGGACAAUUCCCAACAAGCCGGGGAUGUGGCCCUCGAAACCCGUCCACCAUCCAUCGUCCCACCCUCGAUCAACGAAUCCGCCCUCCUCUCCGGCGAAUCCUACUCCUACUACUCCCCCGUUCCGCCGGCCCUCCUCCCACCACCCGACUCCCCGCCCUCCGCCACCGGGCCCCCAUGCGCGCUCGGCGUCGACGAAGCCGGCCGCGGCCCCGUCCUCGGACCCAUGGUCUACGGCGUCUUCUACCUGCCAAUCCCGCUCUCAGACCCGCUGCUACGCACCACCCACCACUUCGACGACAGCAAGGUCCUAACACCGGCCGUCCGCGCAUCCCUGAUGGAAACUCUCUGCACACCAACCAGCGACCUGUACGAGUCAUGCGGGUGGGCGGUGGACGCGCUGUCGGCGCGCGACAUCGGCGCGGGGAUGCUGCGACCGGGGCUGGGAGCGUACAACCUCAACGCGCAGGCGAUGGACGCGACGGUGGAGCUGAUCAAGGGCGUGUACGCGCGCGGGGUCAACGUGCGCGAGAUCUACGUCGACACCAUCGGGCAGCCGGCCGCGUACCAGGCCAAGCUGGCCCGCGUCUUCCCCGCCGCCAAGGUCACCGUGGCCAAGAAGGCCGACAGCCUGUACCCAAGCGUCAGCGCCGCCAGCGUGUGCGCCAAGGUGACGAGGGAUGUUGCGCUGGAGACGCUCUGGAAGGCGAGGGGUGGUGGGGGGGAGGAAGGGGUAGAGGAGACUAUGGCUUGGGGAUCGGGUUACCCAUCGGACGGGAGAUGCGUCACUUGGCUGAAGAGUAACAUGCAUCCUGUCUGGGGUUGGGGGCCCGAGUGCAGGUUCAGCUGGGGGACGGCUAAAGACAUGAUAGAAGCGACCCCGGCGAAAGGUGGUGGCGUCAACGUGGAGUGGCCAGUCGACGAAGACGCCGACACCCAGCGGUUGAUCGACUAUUUUGCCUCUACGGGCCAGGAGAAGGACGGGGACGAGCUAGGGACGUGGUUUGGGACACCAACCGGGCUGGAAGCAUUCUAA